AACAGGGUCAAGGUCGCAAGGAAAAUAUGGCUGACUUACAAUGCACGUGUUGAAUGUGUUUUUCACGACAAGGAACAAGUUUAAGGUUUUCAAAGAAAACUACCGAAUCGACACGUACAGAAUCAUGGAGGACACGCGACACCUCAUAUGUACAUGUAUAAAGAUAGUAGAAAAAAGACAAAAGUCCACGUCAGCAGUCAAAGUUAUUCAUGUCAUGUUUUACAAGUCCGUGUACUGUAAGAGGCUGUAAGUUCAUUUAGACUGUUACAAGUUCAAGAGGUUAUACAAGUCUAGUAAGUUGCUAGUUGAUGUAUAUUACUGCUUAUUUCUUAAGUUAAAUUUUGUUCUUUUAAGGUUUGUAAUGCAUGUAUGAAAAUUAAAUUUAUAAGAGUGAUAUUCAAUCAUAUACCCCUGUCAGUAUACAUGCAUGUAGGUCAUGUAAAGAAAGUAAAGCAUAGAUGUUUAAGUAUCUCAUAAGAAACAAGAUAAGAACAUGUCUAUUUUAAACUUUAUUUGUGUAAUUAUACUUAACAUUAUUUUCAUUGAUACUAUUUCAGAACUUAUUCAUUGUGGUGAUUCAAUAAAAGUCUCAAGAAAAGAUUAAGGUGUUUGUCAAGAUAUUGGACACUACAUCGCAGUUUAGACUUUAUUUAUUGGACUGAACAUGGCCACUAAACCAGAAUAAGAAGUGCCAAGGAGAAGUGGCAGAGAACCUGCAGCAUCCACAAAAGUAAAAGAAAAUUGGCAGCAGAAAGUAGAUCAGAGGGAUGAAAAACUAGUACAGGUGGUGAAGAGAAAAAAUUCCCUCAGGGAGGCCAUGAUAACAGAAAAUAUAACUGUAGUACCAGACAUACUCAAAGCACUGGACGAUGCAUGGAAGGGUUAUACCCGCAGCCAUUUAGAGCUAAUAAAGGUGUAUGUCACUGAAAGUAUGAUUGACGCCACAUACGACGAGUAUGAAGUAGAAGAAGAAAAAUAUCUCAGGGUCAAGGCAAGGGCAAAGAAAUUUGAAAAGGUUCAAGAUGAUAUUUCUUCAAGCCAUGGGAGUGAAUCAGAAUCAGACGUACGGCACGCCAAAGCGGAAAAAAUUGAAGACGGGAAAAUUUCCUUCAAGACAUCAAAAAUACGUUCAAGACACAGAUAUUUUGUCUCAAUUCAUACAUUUCCAUCGUCUAGAUUUCAAAAAUAGCUUCAAAUCGGAAAUUUUCUUUCAAAAUGACAGAAUAUCAGCGCAAGAUAAAAUUUUAGUUCAAGACGGCAAAAUCACCUUCAAGACAGCAAAAUUGGCUUCAAGAUUCACGUGACUCGUCAAGAUUCACGUGAUUGCAUUUCAUAAAGGAGGUUUUAGUAUUGAACCAGUGGUCUAGUAAAACCUGGCUUAACAUCAUUCUAAACCUGGUUUAGACAGGUUUGUGUUUCAUAAUUGAGGUCUAAGUUUUUGAUACCCGGAUUAUGGACUCAGACCAAGUCUAAAAAUAAACCUGGUCAGACCCAGGUUUAACUCUGUAGCUUGGAAAAAAGAUGGCCGACGUAGACUUGGGUGAUAUUCGAGCACUUAACAAUUUGGACGCAAGAAGACGCCCCUGGCAUCGCCGACGCAUUUUUCGAGCAAGGGUUAAUUAUUUUGAUUUCUAUGAUGAACAAGAUUUCAAAAUCAGGUUCAGAAUUUCUAAAGAAAUAGCAUGUGAGGUCAUAGCACUGAUAGAGGAUCGAUUAGCACCCUAUACAUUGAGAAAUUGCAGCAUUUCACCGGAGCUACAGGUGCUAACCUUUCUGCGAUACUACGCAACAGGUAGCCAUCAACGUGCUCUUCAGCAGAAAAAUUCUUUUUCUGCUCAUUUUCACGUGCCCUUUACUUCCAAAGUUUUUUCUCAUAUGAGCUACACAGCUUAUCUGCUUCAACGUUAGUGUGUGUCAUCUAUUCAUUUACGCCUACCUGAUUGACACAGUUCAGUGAUUUCUUUGUCUAUGUAAUCCUGUUACAUUCAACAGGAGGUCAAAGACAAGUUAAAACUGGUUUAGCUAAACGUGGUUUUCUGGCUUUCCUACACUGUUAGUGAAAUGCAAUUUAGGUCUCGAGUUAGACCAGGUUUUGUUAGACUAGGUUUUAGCCUUAAACUAGGUUAAGUUAAACCUCCUUUAUGAAAUUGGCCGCUAAUGGCUAGGGUCUACUAUAACACAAAAGUCUAUCUGCAUUAGAUAGUUACUACUGCAAUCUUCAUUCUUUUCAGAGCUGACAAUAAUGAAAUAAAGGCCCCCAUUGCUGAUCUUGUAAAAAGUCAUGUUGGCAGGCUUAUUCAUGAUGGGGAUAACAGACAGACCCUGAAAAUUAGUAGGAUACGGCUGUUUCGAAGUUUCAUGAGAUGUGUUGCCAGGGACGACCUCGAGGACACUCUCCCUAUACAAGUCAAAUUCUAUGAUUCCAUGAAUACAAGGGAUGAUAGUGGACCACAGCGAGAGUUUAUGUAUCGUCUUGUAGAUGAUUUGUUUUCAACAAAUACUGGGAUUUUCCAGCAGCUUGACAACAAAAGCUACAUGUUGACACACAAUGCCAAAAAGCUCGAAUCCUCUGAAUAUUAUUGGGCUGGCUAUGCUGUAGCAAUGUGCCUAAUUUUUGGAAGACCUUAAACAGCCUUUUUCACACCAGCCAUGUACAGCUAUGUGAGUAAUGGGAUUGACAAGACGGUGACAGAGAUUACUGACAUCCCCAAUACCUCUGUGAGGCAUCUUAUAGAGUAGGUAUGUUACUUUAUAACUAAUCUUUUUAAUUGGAAUUAUUGGCUAUAAUGUCAUAAAAAUUUAGACACUAAUUUCAUGAUUUAAUGAUUAAAUGAAUUAUAAUUUGCUAGACAGCCUAGGGGGCAGGCCAUACGUUGUGUACAUGUAGAUGAUCUUUGGAAAUACUUACUAGGAGAGCUUACGUCAUGAACAAACUCACCGAGUUGCAUAGUUUUACUAUUAAUAAAAAUGACAGUGUAGUUUCCAAAAGUAUAUAACUUCAAAAGCCGUAUAUGAGGUUGAAUAUGAUUUCUUUCAGAUGCAAGCUGCUAAAUCCACUGAAGAACUGAGGGCUACAAUACAACACGUUGAUGAGCUCACGUUGGAAGAUGAAGCCUCACUUCUACUGGCAGCAGGCAUAUUCCACCUAGUGUUACCCUUCUCGAACUGCCCAAUAUUGUACAUCAACUUACAAAAUUCUAUGCCAUUGGUUUAUACAGGUAAAGAACCCAAUCCCCCCAAUUAUUACUGCUUUGUAUAAAUGUGUAAUACAAUGAUUAUGAAAACAUCCUGUAUUUUGUUUGUAGAUCAGAGCUUGAAGAUUUCUCACGAGGACUUCAGCAUUAUGGAGUGGCGAAUCUUAUCAGAGACUUCCCCAUUUCCAUGAGGGAUGCCUUUGUACCUCAGCCAACCACCAAGGAACUCACAUCAGAUGACAUCUUAGGCAUGUUUCAGCCGCUUUUCACAGAUGAGGGUGCCAAUCAGCGACAGCGGGAGGAAGAUGUUAUGGACCAUUGGGUCAGUUAUCUAGAUGAUGUUGGCAAAGGCAAAACGGUGGUGAAACCUAAGGAUAUUUUGAGAUUUGCUUCUGGCUUGAACUCUGUCCCACUUAUUGGAUGGGGUAGCAAUAACGAGCCAACACUGCAGUUUCUCUCGGAUCCUCCGUCUCAACUUCCUCAAGCCAGAACAUGUGGUCCCUCUAUUUUGCUGCCGCUGUGGAACUACGAGUCAUAUGAAAGUUUCAAGCUGAGCAUGGAUGAAGGAAUCAUUAACAGUCUCCCUGCAAUCCUCCUGGACUGAUGGAAGAAUCUACUAUAUGUAUAUUCUUUUCUUAAUCACUCCCUCCAAAUUUUAACUAGUCCAUUGCAUUCAUUACAAGCUAACUGCUGAAUUAUCCAGUGGAAUCGUAUCAUCCCAACUUGCCAAUUCUCAAGUUAGAGUGGUCUCAUUUUAUAUUUGGGUGCUUAUAUUUUCUCUAUUCAGAAAAUGAUCUAGUUUAAUAUUACACAUUACAAGUACAACCAAACUGGUGAAUCUCUAGUGAUAUAAUAUUAUGGCUUGCCCAUUCUCAAAUUAACGUGAGACAGGGCGCCUAAAAAUAGGGUCUCUGGGAGUCAUAAAUCAAUUUUCAGAUUCUUUCAUUUUCACCUUCCUAAGUGUGUAUAUUUUCGGAAUAAACAAGUCUAACAACCAAACUGAAAGCGUAUGAGCCUUAUUUUUGCUCAU